AUGAAUCGAAUUAUUAAUCAUGAUGAUACUUUGUCAAAAUCGACACUUGCUAAUGGAUUUGCUGAAACCUCCAGUGCUUGGUAUAAAAAAUUCAAUGAACCAUACACAUGUGAACAUCCAAAAAAGUAUUGGCUAACAACCAAGAAAAAGGUUGCUGCUAUAAUCAUGCCACCAUAUGCUAUUUAUCUUUGGUAUAAGUUAAAGAAAUACAAAAAAGGAACAGUUAAGAAAGAUAAUGCGCAAAUCUCUUCAGCAGAAAGCAGUGUUCCAUUGACUUCUCCUACACCUUAUGAAUGCAAAGGCACUUGCGGAGUUGCUACUAAUAUUUCUUCAUGUGGAGGCGGAUGUGGUAGUGGCGG